UAGAGAUGCUUACUGGCUUAAGUCUUGUGGAAGCAGCCUCAGUAACACGUCCCCUUGGAGACUAGCAGGAGCAACACGUGAUGCGUCUUACUUAUCAGGUUAGGGGAGAGGAGAGAGCUGCGCUUUGGGGACGGUCAGAGAGGAUAGCGAAAUAAGUGUUUUCCUCUCGUCUCUGGACUCUUUCUUCUAUCUUCCUUUUUAGGAAUUUUGAAGAAAGAGGGGGGAACAAAGUUGUCGAACUUUGCACAUCCUCAGAAACGCCAUUUUGAUUCCUCUCCGGAACAACUUUGCAGCUUCUUUUUUUUUUCUUAGCCCAUCAUCACCAUCAUCAGUAUGUCUCGGCGUAAGCAGCCCAACCCCAACAAAGUCAAACGACAAUGACCCAACUCAAUUCCAGGCUGUGUAAGGACUAUUUGACCAAGAAGGAGAGUGACGGAGUGCAGCAUCUGAUGACCUGGCCUCCACAAUCACCUGACCUCAACCCCCGUUUGGGAUGAGUUGGACUGCAGAGUGAAGGAAAAGCAGUCGACAAGUGCUCAGCAUAUGUGGGAACUCUUUCAAGACGGUUGGAAAAGCAUUCCAGUGUGAGCAGUGGGGUGCUGACACUCGAGGUGGGCAGGCAGGCCGUGGUCUCCCACCCAGGCCCUGAGCUCCGAGCCCAGACGCGUUUUUGCCCUGGUCUCUCGACGGUGAUGGAGGGCGCCACAGAAGACAAGCGUCCGGGGGGAGGGGUGAGCGCUGAGUUGAGCACUGUAGAGACUGAACACUCUGAGGGGCAGGAAACCCCCGACUCCACACACACACAGGACGAGCACACAGGGAGUAAUGGAGCUAUGGAGGAAGGAGAGGAGGAAGAUGAAAAUGGAGAGAAUAUGACAGAGGGCGUGGACUUGUCAUCCAUCAAUGCCAUGUUGUCAACGGUGAUGAACGCAGGCCAGCUCAACGGCGCCAUGGAGCCCUCCUCAGCCCCUGCCUCAACACCUUCCAUCUCCAUUAGCAAGACCACCCCACCCAGACCCACUAGUGUCAAUCGCAAUGCCAGGAGAAACACGGAUGCCAAAGACGUCAAUACAGAUUUCAUCUGUCCGCUGUGUGACAAAGACUGUAUGACCCAGCACCAGCUCACUAUGCACAUCCGACAGCACAACUCGGACAAUGGGGCGACGGACCACUCAUGCAGCAUCUGUGGCAAGGCCCUGAGCUCAGCCAGCUCGCUGGACCGCCACAUGCUAGUGCACAGCGGAGAGAGGCCCUACAAAUGCUCCUUCUGCGGCCAGACCUUCACCACCAACGGCAACAUGCACAGACACAUGAAGAUCCACGACAAAGACCCAGCCGGCGUCAUUCCUAUUAGCCCCCCCUCGCCCACCAAGAGACGCCGCCCCUCCGCCAAGAGGAGGUCAGCCAUGGACGAGGACACAGAGCGAGGGGACGAACUGCCCAACAAAAAGGUGCUAGAGGAGAGUGUGUUGGAGGAACUGGGAUCAGGCCAGGGGGAUGAUGAGGUGUUGCCGUGCCCGAUCUGCUUCAAGACCUUUGGCUGCAAAUACGACCUGGAAGUCCACAUGGACGCACACCCUGACACCACUCUCAGGUGUGACCUGUGCUGCCUCUCCUUUCGGACCCACCGCGGCCUGCUGCGGCACAACGCCGGCAUCCACAAGAAGAUGCCCACGGACCCCGGCGGACGGCCCUUCAUCCAGAACAACCCCUCCAUCCCCUCUGGCUUCAACGACCUGGCCUUUAUCGACUUCUCCUGCCGCAAGUUUUCUCACAUCGCCCAGGUCUGGUGUGAAACCAAUCUCCGCCGGUCCACCAGCAAGUUCCACCGUUUUGUGUGCGAGGCCUGCGACAAGGCCUUCCCCCUACACUCGGCCCUAGACCUGCACAAGACCACCAUUCAUCAGCAGCAGCAGCCGUCGCCCGUAGGGGGCGGCCAAGAGAUCCCUGCGGUCCAGGAGAAGCAGAUAACCCCGCCCCCUCAGCAGGCCAGCUUCCUGGAAUCCCUGGGUCUGCAGCACAUUUCCCAGGUCAAGCCUCAGCCUUCUGAGGAUGAGGUCCGUCAAGCCCAGCUGGACAGUAUCCGGGUCAUCCAGGUGGAGCCUCCGGACUCCACCCUGCCCCAAGAGGCGGCUUCCACAGCUUCUGGAUUUCUGGGCGGCCUGGGCUUAAUGGCUGCUUCGUCUCUGCAGGGCCUGUCCCAGAGGGAGGCCCUCAGCCUGUUUUCCCUGCAGCCCUUCCCCACGGGCUUCCUCUUCCAGCCAGACAGUAGCACUGCUGUCAAGCCUGUCUGUGGUGAGGCUGGCCUGAUUGAGCUGGCUGACAUCCAGCAGAUCCUGAAGGUGGCCUUGGCCGCCCCCGGUCAGUUGGGCCUCCUGCCGACACUGGCCAAGGCCCCGCACCAGGGAGUGUCCGGCCAGGCCCAGGCGGCCAGCUGCAAGCCCAUGCCCCCGCUGAAGCCAAAGCCUAUGGUGGCACCGCGCUCCAGCCCGGCUGCCUCCACGCCACCGCCGCUCCAGAGCACCCAGCAGGCUUCCCUGGGCUGCAUCAGCCCCAGCCUGCCCCCGCCACCCAGCCAGCUGCUCAAUAUGCCCCAAGAGUCUUCAUCAUCAUCAUCAUCAUCCUCCUCCUCUUCCUCGGGCAGCCAGGCCUCCCUGGAGAAGAUGCAGAUGGAGGCGGACUGCAUGGGCGAUGCCCACAUGCCCAACGACUUGACGGAGCUGCAGAUCAAACAAGAGGAGGGCCAGGCGGCCGGGGGAAAGAAGGGGUCAGGAGGGGCCAACCGCGGGGGUGCUAAGGCAUCCUACCCCUGCCGUUUCUGUGACCAGGUGUUUGCCUUCUCCGGGGUGCUGCAGGCGCACAUGCGCUUCCACCUGGGCAUACUACCGCACCAGUGCAACAUCUGUGACUACGUCGCACCCGACAAGGCCACGCUCAUCCGCCACCUGCGCACGCACAGCGGCGAGCGCCCCUAUGUGUGCCGCGUCUGCCACUACCCUUUCACCGUCAAGGCCAACUGCGAGCGCCACCUGCGCAAGAAGCACAUGAAGAACACACGGAAAGAGAUUGAGAAGAACAUCAAGUACAUCUCGUCAACCACCACCCAGGAUCCUUUGGAGCUGGUUGCUGCCGGCGACACCGCCUGCCGCUUCUGCGGUGAGGAUCUAAAGAGCUACCGGGCUCUCCAGAUCCACCUGCGCACCCACAAUGGCUGCCAGCGCAAGCCCUUUGAGUGCCGGCGGUGUGGGGCGGCUUUCCUGGCCAAGAGGAACUGCAUCCACCACAUGCUCAAGCAGCACCCAGAGGUGCAGGAGCGGGAGAUCGAGGAGCACAUCGCCACCCUUCUCCCCGCCAUCACAGCCUCCACCUCCAGGGCCAGUCCCAGCAACCCUCUGGCUCUCAACGGCCUCACGUCCAACCCCACUGCCACCCUUCAGCCGGUCAAGGUGGAGGAUCUCAGCAUCUACUCCUCCUCUGGUGACCUGGAUCAGCCCUUGGACUUCUCCAACAAGAGCCGCGGGACAAGCAGCACUGCGGGGAGCCUGACCGGGUCUCCUGGGAUCAAACUGGAGACGGUCAGCCCAGCAGCUUACGACUGCUCCAUGGAACCUAUUGACCUGUCCAUCCCCAAGAACCCCAGAAAGAGGCUGAAGACAGACACCACCGCUGUUGCCCCGGUGAGCGUGGAGCGCAGAGAGAUCAAAAAGGAGCUGCCCUUCCCCAGCGUACUGGACCACCUCCCCUCAGCCCUUCAGCUGGACAAGAGCACUGAGGAGAAGCUGACGACCCCCCAGUCUGGCUCUUACCAGCUCCCCCCAGUGACCCCCUCCCCGUUCCCCAUUGGCACCACCACAGGCCGGGCGCUCCGUCUCAAGCCCCUACUGCCCAAACCAGCCUCUACCUCCUCAUCCUGCUCUCUGAAAGAGCUUCCCCCUUUGGCUUCCAUCGCCCAGAUCAUCUCCUCUGUCUCGGGGGCUCCAGACCUACUCAAGAGGGAGCCAGAUAACAAGGCUCCUGCCGCCCUCAACGGCCUCCAGACAGAACCGGACCAUCCAGCUGGGGGUGACAACAGCUCAGAAACAUCGAUGGAAGAGCUCCCCCUAGAGGGCUUGUCCAGAAAGCGCACUAGAAAGAAGCCAGUGAGCCAGGCCAAGACUAUGGCACCUGCCUGUGUGUCCACGCUCGAGCAGAACACAGGCAGCGGCUUGGACCUGGAAUCCAGUGGUGAGUUCGCCAGCGUGGAGAAGAUGCUUGCCACCACCGACGCUAACAAGUUUAGCACCUACCUGCAGACGGGGGCGGCGGAGCUGGGAAGGCGGAACGAGGGGAGACAGAGCCCGGGAGAGGAGAAGGAAGAGAAAGAGUCACCACCUCAGUCUGUGCCGCCCCAGUCCAAAGGAGGGAAGAAGAAUGCCUACUCCAACUCAGUGCAGAAGAUGACCUGUCCCUUCUGCCCCCGGGUCUUCCCCUGGGCCAGCUCCCUGCAGAGACACAUGCUCACACACACUGUCUUCUCUAAUGUGCUGUCGGCUACAGGUCAGAAGCCCUUCCCCUGUCCCAAAUGUGACGCCUUCUUCUCCACCAAGUCCAACUGUGAGCGCCACCUGCUGCGCAAGCACGGCGUGACCAACCGCUCUCUGCGCCGCAACGGCCAAGUAUCCAAGAACGGCGAUGAGGGUUCACACGACAGCGCAGAGAGUUCCGAGAAUGAGCAGACUGCAGGAGAGGUUUUGGAUCUGAGCAGCAUGGACCCUGAUCAGAAAGGUGACGCAUACGAGUCGCCAAACGCAGACCAAACACCAGACAUUGCUGAGCAGCUGCUAGUGGAGAUGGAACCGCAACCUAGCAACAACAAAACCAACAAUAAUUAUGAAAAUGAAGACUAUGACGACAAUGAUUCACAGAGCAACAAGAGCUUGGACCUCAACUUCGCCAGCAAGCUCAUCGACUUCAAGUUCUCGUCGGAUGGCGAGCAGCCUCCGACCUCCCUGGGUGGAGAAAGGGUGGUGGUGGCCGAGCCGGAGAGGGUGGUGGACGUCCAGCAGCAGGACCAAGAGUCCUCCAAGUACACCUGCAAGAACUGCAAGAAGAACUUCCGCUACGCCGCCACCCUGGCUCGCCAUGAGAAGGCUCACCUUUGUGAGAGUGCAUCCCCCGAAGAGGUUUGUGGAACGGAGGGCACAGAGCUCCCCAAUGCUACUACAGCCACCACCGAGGAGGAGGAUCAGGAGGAGGAGGGAGAGAAGGAGGCUCCGGAAAGCGAGGGAGCAGGAAGUGUGAUGGACAGCGGCUCGGAGGAGGAGGAGAAAGAGAAGGAGGAGAGGAGCGAUGAGGAGGGGGGCUUGGCAGAACCAAAGAACGGAGAAGGAGAGGUGGGAAGAGGGUCGGGAAGCAAAGCAGACAAGAGGAAGAAGAUUUGUAACGUGUGCAGCAAACGCUUCUGGUCACUGCAGGAUCUGACGAGACACAUGCGCUCGCACACAGGCGAGAGACCCUACAAGUGCCAGACGUGUGAGCGCACCUUCACCCUGAAGCACAGCCUGGUGAGGCACCAGCGGAUCCACCUGAAGCCGCGGGGCAGCGAUGGAGCUGAUGCCAACGGGGCAGAGGCCCCGGCCGGAGACUCGGCUAGCGAGGAGGGAGAGUGCACCCCAACCAGCACAUGUCCUCCUUCAGAGAACGAGAGCGAGGGCACUGGAGUGGCCAGGGAGGGAGCUGAGAAAGAGGCCCCUCUACCAGGCUCCACAUCCCCAGACCAGUCCCUGUGCACCACUGAACCAGCCCAGUCUGAGUCAGCUACGGAGGCCGUGGCUGAGCUGCUCAUUAAGCCAGCCUCGGAACCAGGCUCGGAACCUGUUCUGGACCCAUCUGUAGAACAGGCCUCGGACAACGUCUCUGAAAUAGCUGUAGAACUAGCUGCUGUAGAAUCAGCCUCAAUAACAGCUAGUAAUACAGCCACUGAACCAGCAACAGAAACCCCCAAAGAAUCCUCCACAGAGUCCCCCACCCCACAGCCCUCUGAUGUAACCCCAGAGAAAGACCCAGAGGGCCCAUCGGAAGGCUUCAUCCAAGGCCUACUGGAGAUCCACACCAAGCCUCCCCGGGAGUUCAUCCUACCUGCCGGCGAGGCUCCCUUGGUGGGCGUGGAGUGAGGGAGCCCCAGUCUCUGGUUCUCUUUACGCAGUGGACCACUGUAUGUGCCACAGUACCAUAAGAUAGAAGUACCCCCCCCCAAUAAUGCAAGACGAUGAAAUCAAGAAGAAACACCUUGUUUCUAAGUGCCUUACUACUUCUAUUUUUUAUUUUCUUUGCUAUAUCUUUAUCUACAUUUAUCUACGGAGGAUCUAAUUUUAUAGCUUUUUAUGAUGAUUACAUAAUUGUUUUUGGAGUCUAUAUAGAGAUGACCUUUGAAUAAGCAAUAAAUGAAAUCUCAUUUACCAUGACCGAUUUAUGACAUGAUCAAGUGUGUGACAGACGUAAAAUAACCGUUAUUGUGUAUUUAAACCACAGUCGUACCUUAAAAACAAUGCAGACUGAGUCAGUUCACAGCAGUGGAGAUAGUCACUCAUGUAACUGGAAACACCGCUAAAGCAGACAACUGUCAGGCUGUCAUAAAGGUGUCCUGAAAAAAGACUGCCGUUGUUCUCUCUCCUUCGUCUUGAUUUACUCCCUCAUCCCUGAUUACCAACGUCUACAGUCUCUCUUUUUGUUUUCAGAAUACAUGAAUGAACUGUGACGUGAUUUGGUGUGAGGGGACAGGUGACUCAAAGAAAACAGACUUGACAAUGGAUAACCUGGCGCAACCGAGAACUCUGCUUUUGUCUUUGGUUUUUAACAUGCCCUCUUCCCUUUUCAGAAGUAAUAUGGGCAAUAUUUGCCUGAACAGUGUUUUUUCAGAAUCAUUCUCAUUUAAUUCCAUGUGCAUUGAUUAUGUUGCAUUUGGAGUAUUCUGUGUGUUAUUUGAUCAGGUGUCGGUGCGGGGAUAUAAGGUUUUUGCGUACAUUGAGCUUUUCCUGAACAAAAGGGCUUGAUAUGUGUAUCUCCCCCAUCUCUCACCGUCACCCUCUAGCGUUCCUAGAAACCUCUCUCGGAGGUCCCAUGUUGUCUGUACUACCACCAGUGUGUCGAGCUUGUGUCCACUUUCCCCUCUUCCCUAGUGGCAACUCAUUUUCUUGCCGCUAAUUUGACGUCUUCCAAAAGGACUGUCACUGUGUUCUUAAAGCCUUACCUGUGGUUCUGCUGGGUUAUUUUAUAUGCAGAACUCACCUCGUGCUCUAGGUGGAACACUACUCAGUUUUGUCUACUUUAACUUUAGUCGCCCUGCUGCCUCCCGUUUGGGCAAUACCCCCCCUUCCACCACCCACCUCAUCCCCCCUUCCACCACCCACCUCAUUCCCCCCUUCCACCAUCCCCCUCUUCCACCAACCCCCUUUCACCACCCACCUCACCCCCCCUUUCACCACCCACCUCACCCCCCUUCCACCGCCCCCUAGCCCAAGAGUAUAUUUCCGAGGUGGGACUCAAAUGUCAAUCAUGUCACCUUGCAGGGCUGAAUUUUGUAGAAAUGUAUUUCCUUUUUUUCCUUCUAAUUUUCUAUAAAGAAACCUCAGAAGCAAACAUAUGAAACCUCAUGGCGCACAUAUGAACUGUAAGACGCAGGCAGCAUCGGAGGCUGACGGACAGCCACAGAGCAGAGAGCACUGGACUAGUCAGGCGCCGCCGGACAACUACCCAUCUGGCACUAACAUACAAACAAACCUGCUACUACUACUACGACAAUAAACGGCUAAGCAAUCAGAGAGAGAGAAUGAACCGAAGUGAAUUUCUGAGCUGUGUUUGGAACUUCAACGUAACACAGAGUAUUAAGUGGGGGGGUGUUGACAGGUGGAGAAGCUGCUACUCCAUGCAGAAGACUGUCCUUUAGUGGCUGUACCCCGGUAUCUCCCCCAUCGCAACCCUGCUCUCAGGCACUGGGAAAGUAUUGGCAGACUAGAAUGCAAAAUGCAAUCCUGUCCUCAAAAAACACUGUCAAGGGACUCUGCUUCUCUCAUUUGUCCCUGUGUGGGUGUGUGAUUAUGAGUCCCAUAAGAAUGCACAUGGACUGUUUUUAUUGUAUUUAUUUGGAAACCCAGUGAGGGGUGAAGAGAUGUGACUUGAGGAGAAGCCAUUUAUGAUUACGACAUUGAUGCUGCAGAGAGUAAUGGAUUCAAAUCCACAAAAUGGUCGCCCAGCAUCGGCCUGGAACUUCGAUUAUCACUAUUGAUUCUAAAGCUUUAUGUACACCAUUGUACGUGUUUUAUAGACUAUGUGGAUCUAUUUUCUUUUCUUUUUUAGUUUGGCAAAGAUUUUUUUUUUUUUCAGAUAUAUAAAUAUGUAUAAAACUGUGAAAUUAAUUGUGUAUAAUGGGUGAGUUUUAGGUUAGUUUUGCAUGUAAACCUUUUGUUCAAUUAAGGAUUUUCUUUUUUUCUCUCGCUCUCAGGGUCUUUAUAAAAUGCAUAUUCAAUACUUCA